AUUCCCGAAGAAGCCUGGCCACCCCUCAGUGGAGCUCUAAUCCAUGUGAUUUUUUUUUUUUUUUAUUGGUGAUGCUGCUGGGUUGUUAGGCUGUGGGAGGCUGUGCUGAAGGAGCAGUGAAGGUUUGGUGGCAGCGAUGAGUGGGGUGAAGGUGACAGCCCUGGGGCGACUCUCGAAGCAGCUGAAAAGCCUGCGGGCUGUGCCAGCACGGCCCUGCAGCCUGGCUGCCUGCUCCAGGAAAAACACCAGGAAUGCUGCCUUGCAUCCACUGUGGCAGAGCCCGCUGACAAUUCCCGGAGGCACCCGCCAGUCUCCCAUCAACAUCCAGUGGAGGGACAGUGUUUAUGAUCCCUUCCUGAAGCCUCUGAAAAUCAGCUACGACCCCACCACCUGUCUUCACAUCUGGAACAAUGGCUACUCCUUCCUCGUGGAGUUUGAUGAUUCUGCUGAUAGAUCAAUCAUCGUUGGAGGUCCCUUGGAAAACCAGUACAGGCUAAAGCAGUUCCACUUCCACUGGGGAGCUAUCAAUGACUGGGGCUCGGAGCACACAGUUGACAGCAAAUUUUACCCAGCAGAGCUGCAUUUGGUGCACUGGAAUGCUGUGGAUUACCCAAGUUUUGAGGAUGCUGUGAUGGAAGGGAAUGGCCUGGCUGUUAUUGGAGUGUUCUUGAAGCUGGGAGCACGACAUGAAGGGCUGCAGACCCUGGUGGAUGCCCUGCCUGCAGUCAGACACAAGGACACUGUGAUUGAGUUUGAUGAGUUUGAUCCCUCCUGUCUGAUCCCUUCCUGUCCUGAUUACUGGACCUACGCUGGCUCCUUGACCACUCCCCCCCUCACUGAAUCAGUCACCUGGAUCAUUAAGAAGAAACCAAUCGAGGUGGAUGAGGAUCAGCUGGAGGCCUUUCGGAUGCUGCUGUUCACGUCGGACGGGGAGGAGGAGAGGAGGAUGGUGGACAACUUCCGCCCGCUGCAGCCGCUGAUGAACCGCACGGUGCGCUCGUCAUUCCGGCCCCAGCUCGGCCCCUAGCGGCCCAGCCCAGGCUGCACUGCAAUUCUCAUCAUUCUCAUCAUUCUCCCCCAUAUCCAUGCCCCGUUCAUUGCCCAGCACUGGGGGGUUUUUUAGUUUUGCUUUAAGAAGUGAAUAAUAUUAGCCCUUAGCAAAUGGAUUUGUUCCGAGGCAGGGGUCGGUGAGGGUUUAUUAAGAUGGUUAAAAAUAAGAAUGGGGAGCUCGUUCCCUGCUCCUUCUCUGAAUUGUGCUGAUGA